AUGGCGGACCGUAUGACACAGUACAAGUUCAAGGGCCGUGACACGGAGACCAUGCGCGGCAAACGGCGCGACUUUGCCGUGAGCCUCCGCAAGGACAAGCGCAAGGAAAAGUUUGAUGCCGAUGGCCAGGCCAUCGCUGCCCUGCGCCCCAAGAUUGAGAAUGACGCCGACCCUGCCACACAAAUGGAGGCCCUGGUCCAGCUGCGUCGCCUUCUCGCUGCCCCCAAGGAACUGCCCAUCCAGGCCACCCUGGAAAGUGGUGUCAUUGGCAAGCUGGUCCAGCUCCUGGGUCACCAGAACUCGGACGUUCAAUACGAAACUGCAUGGAUCUUGACGAACAUCUCCUCUGGCAAGCCCCACCAGACAGCUGCCGUUGUCGAGGCCCAGGCCAUUAUCCCCUUGUGCCACUUGCUCAGCUCACCCCACGGCAAAGUCAAGGACCAGGCCUGCUGGUGCCUUGGAAACAUUGCUGGUGAUGGCGCCAUGCUUCGCGAUACCCUCAUCCAAGUGGGAGCGCUUGAGCGUUUCUUGCAAAUGUUGUGCGAGGAGCAAGACCUGGACCUCCUGCGCAACGUGUCAUGGACCGUCUCCAACUUUUUCCGGUGGAAAAACCCCCCAGCACCCUUUGAGAAGAUGAGCAUGAGCCUCGAGGUCCUCCGCAACUGUCUCAGUGAAGACCCCGAAGUCCUCUCCAACGUUUGCUGGGCCAUUUGCUACAUUGCUGAAUCGGGCGAAGAGCUGCUGGAUACCAUUCUCAAAACCUACGGUGCUUACUUUAUGUCCCUUCUCAGCCUGCCUUCCCACGAUGCUCAGCUGUCCCACCGGCUGUACCUUGGUGCAAUCGGCUGGCUCCGCAUCGCAUCAUCUCCCUUGCUCAUCGGCUUCUCUCUGUGGUUGAUGGCACCAGCUGCCUGCCAUCCGUACUCUCGGUAG